AUGUUAAUUAUAGCUGUUAAAUGUCUAUGUGGCAUGUUUGACACAUCGGUUGGAGAUGCUCUUAGGCCCUUGAGAAAGACCGGGCUGCUUUGGAUCCUGGAGUCUUUUAGAUUAGAGGUGGGCUUGACAAUUCCGGGCAAGACUACCAUUGUGCUCAGGAUUAAUGGAGAGGACACCAGCGUUGUCAGUCCCACACUCGGCUUCAACAUCAAGACCAUCACUUACCAAAAGUAUACCCUUAAUAUAUGGGAUGUUGGGGGACAAAAAACAAUAAGAUCUUACUGGAGAAACUAUUUUGAGCAAACUGAUGGUCUGGUAUGGGUAGUUGAUAGUUCAGAUCUUAGAAGGUUAGAUGACUGCAAAAUGGAACUUGAUAAUCUUUUGAAGGAAGAGAGGCUAUCUGGAUCAUCCUUAUUGAUACUAGCAAAUAAACAGGACAUAAAAGGUGCCCUUACUCCAGAAGAAAUUGCUAAGGUUUUGAACUUGGAGGCGAUGGAUAAAACUCGGCAUUGGGAAAUUGUUGGCUGCAGUGCAUACACGGGAGAUAGACUGCUUGAGGGAUUUGAUUGGUUGGUCCAAGAUAUUGCGUCUCGGAUCUAUGUGCUGGACUAA